CUCACUCAUGGAUUAUCAUCGUCUUCCUCUUCUGAUGUGGACCUGCUGCUUCCUGCCAGAUCUUCAGCUCGGCUUCAACUUCGACACCAAGAACUUUAAGAUCUUCUCCGGUUCUAAAGAAAACCAGUUUGGAUACACAGUCCAGCAGCACGAGGCGGGAGGACGCCAGUGGUUGCUGGUUGGAGCUCCCUUUGAAUACACAGGGGAGCAGCAGACUGGUGAUGUGUUCAGGUGCCCUCUGGACACCAGACUUUUUGCAAACUGCAGCAAGCUGAACCUCGGUAAACUCUCUGUGGACAACGUGUUGGAGAGGAAGGACCAGAUGAGGCUGGGCAUGACGCUGACCUCCAACCCACGGGACGGCAGCUUUGUGACCUGCGGCCCCCUCUGGUCCCAUGAGUGUGGCAGCUCCCUCUACAGCACCGGAGUCUGUUCCAGGGUCAGCCGGAGCUUCAGACUGGCCAACAGCAUCGCCCCGGCCCUGCAGAGAUGUGAGACGUUGAUAGACAUCGUGAUCGUCGUGGACGGUUCUAACUCCAUCUACCCGUGGUACGAGGUCCAGGACUUCCUCAUCACCAUCCUGCAGAAGUUCUUCAUCGGCCCGGGUCAGACGCAGGUGGGUGUGGUUCAGUACGGGUCCACGGUGGUCCACGAGUUCGGUCUUGGUGACUACCAGACGGUGGAGGAGGUGGUGGAGGCCGCCAGGGGCAUCGACCAGCGGGGCGGCGAGGAGACGAGGACGGCGCUGGGCAUCAACGUGGCGCGGUCGGAGGCGUUCAGGCGCGGCGGCCGACCCGGCGCCCAGAAGGUGAUGAUUGUGAUCACCGACGGAGAAUCUCACGACAGUCCACAGCUGGUGCAGGCCGUCGCCGACAGCGAGCGAGAGAACGUCACCAUGUACGCCAUCGCGGUUCUGGGUUAUUACAACCGCCGGGGGAUCAACCCCGAAGCCUUUCUGAAGGAAAUCAAGUUCAUCGCCAGCGACCCGGAUGAGAAACACUUCUUCAACGUGUCGGACGAGUCGGCGCUGAAGGACAUCGUGGACGCGCUGGGAGAGAGGAUCUUCUCCCUGGAAGGGACCAGCAGUCAGGGUCGAGGGUUCGGUCUGCAGAUGGCUCAGGCGGGGUUCUCCUCACAUCUAGUCCAAGACGGCAUUCUGCUCGGGGCGGUCGGCGCCUACGACUGGAACGGCGCCGUGCUCAAAGAGACCAAACACGGAAAAGUGGUUCCCCCCAAAUCCUCCUACCAGGACGAGUUCCCAGAGGAGCUGAAGAACCACGCAGCCUACCUGGGCUACUCGGUGGGCUCCCUCAUUUCCUCUCGCGGCUCUCAGCUCUACGUGGCCGGAGCUCCGAGGUUCAACCACACCGGGAAGGUGAUUGUCUUCAGCCUGAGGAACAGCGGGAACCUGACCAUCCUGCAGGCGCUGCUGGGGGAGCAGAUCGGCUCGUAUUUCGGCAGUGAGUUGCUGUCGAUGGACGUAGACGACGACGGACACACGGACGUCCUGCUGGUGGCAGCGCCCAUGUUCUACAGUCGAGGCUGGGAGAGAGGGAAGGUCUACGUCUACUCGGUGACCCCACAGACAUCGUUCAUCCUGCAGGGGGCGCUGGAGGUUUCUGACUGCUCGCAGAACUCCCGGCUGGGUUCGGCGUUGGCCCAGAUACCCGACAUGAACGGGGACGGGUUCAGGGAGCUAGUGAUGGGGGCACCGCUGGAGGACGACCACCAGGGGGCGGUCUACGUCUUUUAUGGCCAGAACAAAACCAUCCAACCCAAGUACAGACAGCGUCUGUCGGCAGCCGGGUUCUCUGCUGGUCUGAAGUAUUUCGGUCAAAGUCUUCACGGGGUUCUGGACGUCAAUGGAGACGGGCUCGUCGACCUUGCUGUGGGAGCACUGGGAGCUGCUGUCAUCAUCUGGUCUCGUAGCGUGGUCCGGAUUCAGGCCACGCUAGUCUUUGAACCCGAGAAGGUCAACGUCUUUCUCAAAGACUGUCGUCGAGGUGGGAAGGAGGUCACCUGCAUGUCCGUUAACGUCUGUCUGAGUCUGGAUGCCAGGACCAAGACCAAGACCAAGUCCAGGACCAAGACCAGGUCAGAUGUUGCGGUUUGGUUCACUCUGGUUCUGGACGAGAGGCGUUUCCCUCCUCGAGCGGUUCUGGACGAAGCGGACCGCCAGCAGCAGAGCGUGAUGCUACAGGUCGGAGGUCAGAGCUGCCGACGCCUCGGCUUCUCCAUCCAGGAGACGACUGAUUACGGGCGUCCCAUCGUGGUUUUCCUGGAGGCGGGCCUGAGGAGUCCAGACGAGGGUCCGGUGUUGGACCCCGACUGGCCGAGUGUGCUGAGGGCCGAGCUUCCCUUCUGGAACGGCUGUGAGCAGGAAGACACCUGCGUCCCCGACCUCGUCCUCUCCAGCCACACCGACCUCAUGGAUGUUCAGCAGUUCUGCAGCUCGCAGGCCGCCUGGUCGCUCUGCAGCCACCGGGGGGCGCCGCAGGGCUCUGAGCGCGUGGUGGAGGCCAGCAGGAGGAGGGUGGUGGUCUUCGCCCGGCUGGAGAAUCAGGGAGAGAACGCUUAUGGGGCCGCCCUCCACAUCUCCACCUCCUCCAACCUCCUCUUCUCCAGCCUCAUAGUCACGGACCAAUCAGACAUUCAGAUUGAGUGCUUCUCUUUGGACGGACUGGCCAAUCAGAGGAGCUGUAACAUCAGCGCUCCAUUCAUGAAGUCCUUGUCUCAGGUUUCUUUGCGCGUGGAGUUUGAGUUCAGUCGCUCCGUCUUCUUGGAUCACGUUCGUGUCAUCAUGGCAGCCGCCAGCGACGGAGAGGAGGGUUACCCUGACGACAACAUCAACGACAUCUUCGUCCCUCUGAAGUACCAAACUGACCUCCUCUUCACCAGAGACCCAAAGACUCCUCGCUUUGACAUCAGAUCUCCAGACAGCACCUCCUCCUCCUCCUCCUCCUCAGACCAUCCAGACAGCAGCUCUCUCGCCUUCAACCUCACGUAUUAUAUCCAGAACCUGGGCUUCUUCCCGGUGCAGGAGGUCCUGUUCAGGGCUGACAUCUGGGCCCUGACCCCGCGGGGCAUCCCGCUGGUCAGCAUCACGGACUACAGCGUCCAGCAGGCCACCGGGUCUCACUGCACGCUGCCUCAGACCAGAACAACCAAUCAGGAGACAGCGGAGGAGGACCUGUCACACCUGAGUCAACUGAACCUCAGCAACAGCGCCAGCGUGGCGGUCCAGUGCCGACUGAACCUGCCGCCCACUGAAGAGCUGAAGGUGACGCUGGGAGGACGACUGCUGCUCCCCGCCCUGCUGGCUGUGAGCUUCAGGUCCUUGGAGUUACUGAGUGCUGCCUCCAUCCAGCUGGAAGCCUCCAGCCCCAUGUUCCUCCAGGAGGACCGGCCGGUCAGAGAGAUGGUUCUGGAGCUCAGGAGGAACCGGGUCUACGUCGUCCCCAUCUGGAUCAUCCUGGGAAGCUCGCUGGGAGGAAUGAUGCUGCUGGGGCUACUGGUGCUGGUCCUGUGGAAGCUCGGCUUCUUCAACCGGAGGAGGCGGGACGAGGAGCAGCCGGCAGCCAAUGGGAAGGCAGCAGAGGAGCUGUAAGCGCGGGAGGCGACGGUGCUGCGUUCAGGCGCUCCUCCACAGCGCGGAAAGACGAGCUCCGUUACCUGCGUGGUGUAGUGGAGACGAACAGAGCUGAUCACGUGCCACAUGGAGAGAGGCUCAUUUCCUUCUGAGGUUAUUAUCGAUGAGCCGCUGAUGAGCACCUGAACGCAUCACGCUGCACCUGUCACUCAGGGAACCUGAAGCCGCGAUCAGCCAGACAAACUAAUGCACUUCCGCCGUUCAGGUUUCAGAUAAAUCCUCCUUUUGAAACACUUCCGUUCAUAAAGAGGUGAAAGCUUCAGUUCAUGAUUUUAUUAAUACUUUAAACACACUUUUACAUUUAAAAUAGUUUCUCCCGACUGAGCGGAACCGGAGGAACCCGCGUGACCACGUGACACGAUGUCACCAGGUUAGGAACGUGACGAUUCAGGAUUAAACAUGAUUAAUGUUAAGACGACACUACCUACGAUGAUUUUAUGUCCUUUUUUAUACUAAUGGAAACAGUAGUGUCUUAUGAGCACGUUGUUGAUUAUAUUAUUACAGAAUGUAUAUCUGAUGCACUUUUGUUGUGUACGGUCAAACUUGAACUGUUUUUUCUUUGGUGUAAAUAUGAGGACCGAGGCAUUACUCGUUAGUGAAGGGGUUUGUUGUUGUGAUUCUGUAAUACACAGGAUGUCCACCAGGUGUCUGGCUCAUCACAUUCUCAUGUGAAACAGGAAGUAAACAGUCAUGUGGUGAUGUCAUCAAACCCGAAGGCUGAUUGAAACGAUAAUCUGUUGUCAGAAGGGGGCGGGGCCUCUGAGCACCUGAUUGGACAGCAACCAGCUUCCUGUCCAAUCAGGUGAGACGUUAAGAACAAACAGGACGCAGGUCAAUGCAGACAAGACUUUUAAUUUGACGGCGUUCAUUCUGCAGGAAGUACACAACAACUGUUUCCUGUUUCAUCACAACGAUCUUUGGCUUCAUUUCAGCCACAAAGGAUAAUAUAAUCAUAAAAAUAAGAAUAAAGGUUUCCAGCUCCACCAGAACAGAAAUCCAGACGCCUGCAGUCAGACGGAUACGAAGGAAUGGCACGUUAUCGACACCCCAGAGACCCCCUCUAGACCCCCCAGUUCAUUGUGCAGGAGCCCUAGACCACAAGCUCCAAGACCACAAGGCACAAACAGUAGAAACCAGUUGAAGAAACAAAAGUCAGAACAACUCAAACUUGAGGACAAGCAAAUAAAUAAAAGUAAAAUAAAGUCCUUUAAAAGUCGUUCUUCGUGCUUAAAAAACAAAACAUUCUACAGGAAUAAAAGUCUUGUUCCAGACGAAAACACUUUAAAAUC